AGGUUCCAGUGCUCCGAGCACCAGCACAGGCUGAGGCUCUGCACACAGAACUCAGCCCUGGCUCCCCAGGGGAAGAAGCUAUUCCAGACUUAACUAAGGAAUCAUCCCACAUGUUUCAACAAUCCCUACAGUUUCUCUGUUUGUUUUAAAGAUAUCACUGAGAUUUUGUUUCAUUUGCAACGGGAGACUAAAUGACAGCAAGCAGAAUCUGCUGUUAGGUUAGAUUUCAAGGACACUGUUGGACCCACAGACGAUGCAGGCCCCAUCACUGCUCUGUUGUGUUCUGCUCCUGUGGCUGUGCAGGGAUCUGUGCCCAGCUGAAGGCGCUGCUGGCAGGAGGCAGAGGAGGAGGCUGCCCCCCAGAGCAGGCGGGUUGGAGCCCAGGAUCCCGCUCAUCACCAUCGAUGGCAGCGUCAUGGGCGUGUUUGACUCGCUGCUGGGGCUGGGGCAACACGAGAGCAUCUACAGCGUCCUACCAGGGAAGAAGGGGCAGUGCACAGCUAACGGGAUGAUCAUGUUUGACAAAGCCGUGUGGUCUCCCCAGCCCUGCGUCACCUGCCUGUGCUCCAAGGGAGAGGUGAUCUGUGACACGGCCAUGUGUCACCCUCUGAAGUGUCCCCAGACCGUCAUUCCUGCAGGAGAGUGCUGCCCAGUGUGUUCUGAAACUGCCUCCUCGUUGGACUCCAGUAUAAUUUCACUGGAUGACAUCAGUGAGUUGUCUGGUGACUCCCCAGACCCCAAGGACCUCGACACCACCAGUGUUCUGCCAUCAGCACAAACUCAAAUGGAAAAGGAUGAGCUGCUGCCAACAGAAGUGAUAGAGGUCAGAGACAAGAAGGGUCACAAAAAAGGGGAGAAGAAAAGAAAAAGGAAAGGCAAAAAGAACCGCCAGAGGCACAAAGGGCGUCACAGAGAGAAGCUGCCUGUCCCCAGAACAAGAGCAGCAGGAGAUGAGCAAUAUGAAAGUGAUGAAGAUGAUAGUGCUCUCAGAAUUCCAUCUCAUUUCCCAAUUCCUGUUCCACCCAUAGAAGCUCCUCCUUUGCCCUCUGGAUGUGCCACCUCAGACACCACAGUAAGCUGCAUUAAUGCCAAACUUACACAAAUACCUCCCAUCUCAGAUCCAGACCUAACAAGUUUAGACCUUACAGGAAAUAGCAUCACUACUAUCUCAGAUGAAGCUUUCAAUGGGUUACCUAAUUUGGAAUGGAUUGAUCUGAGUAAAAAUAACAUUACCUCUCCUGGCAUAGGUCCCAAAGCAUUCAAAAUCCUGAAAAAGCUGAAACGUUUGUAUUUGGAUGGAAAUAUGCUGGUACUUAUUCCCUCUGAAUUGCCACCAACUUUGGAAGAAAUAAAAAUAAAUGACAACCAACUUCAUACCAUUGAUAAAGACAGCUUAAAAGAUUUAAAGAACUUGGUCACUCUGGAAUUAGAAGGAAAUAAACUUAGUGAAGCAAAUGUCAGUCCUUUGGCCUUUUAUCCUUUGAAAAGUCUUUCUUAUUUGCGACUGGGAAGAAAUAAGUUUAGAAUUAUACCACAAGGUCUUCCUGCCACUCUUGAGGAGUUAUAUCUUGAACAUAAUCAAAUUGAAGAAGUGUCAGAAAUUUGCUUUAACCAUACCAGAAACAUCAACAUCAUUGGCCUAAAGCAUAACAAAUUAGAAGAGCACAGGAUAGCACCUUUGGCUUGGAUAAACCAAGAGAACUUGGAGUCAAUCGAUCUCUCUUACAAUAAGUUGUAUCAUGUUCCCUCAUAUCUGCCAAAAUCUUUACUCCAUCUGGUACUUAUAGGAAAUCAGAUUGAAAGAAUUCCAGGCUAUGUGUUUGGCCACAUGAGGCCAGGGCUGGAGUAUCUCUACCUGUCCUUUAACAAACUCACCGACGAUGGCAUUGACCCGGUGUCAUUUUUUGGAGCUUACCACUCCCUGAGGGAGCUCUUUUUGGAUCACAAUGAAUUGAAGGCUGUACCCUUUGGGAUUGAUGAAAUGAGAAAACUACGUUUUCUAAGACUGAAUAAUAAUAAAAUAAGGACGGUGCCCCCAGAACGCAUCUGCAGGACUCGGACCCACCACGAGGAUGAGCAAGACCACAGUGAGGAGGAGCAUGAAGAUUCCCACUUGGAACAUGUUCACCUUGAAAACAACUACAUCAACACAAGGCAGCUCUCCCCACAUUCAUUUUCAUGCAUAAGAUCUUAUUGCAGUGUUGUUCUUAAACCACAGAAGACCAAAUAAACCCGCGAAAUUCUGCAUUACAACCCCCAUCUCUACAAAUGUAGUUUUAUUUAUUCUCUCUACUCAUUGGUCUGCUUAUUUCUGAUUUAAACCCUUCCUACUACCAUAAAUAUGAUACUGUAUAUUAUCUACUGAAGUAAGGUACCAGUGUGUUUCUUCAUAUUGUUUCAUUAUAAAACUAUUAAAUGUAAAAAUUGAAGCUUAA